UAGUGCAGAGAGCUACGGGUCGGUAGUGGUCGGUGAAUGCAUGGUUUCCACCGAUAAAGCCCGACUUGUCACCGCUAAACGGGUAACAUUGGCUGUCAAAGGCUGUAUGCUCCAGGGUUAAUCUUCGAAAAGUAGCACAACCAUGGGCGUGGAAGUCGAAACAAUAUCCCCCGGUGAUGGAAGAACAUUUCCAAAGAAGGGUCAGACAUGUGUUGUUCAUUACAUAGGUAUGUUGCAGAAUGGAAAAAAGUUUGACUCUUCUCGAGACAGGAACAAGCCCUUCAAGUUCAAGAUUGGACGAAUGGAGGUCAUUAAAGGCUGGGAAGAAGGAGUAGCACAGAUGAGCCUGGGCCAGAGGGCUAAAAUCACCUGCACACCAGAUAUGGCUUAUGGAGCGACAGGCCACCCCGGGGUCAUCCCUCCGAACGCCACACUUAUAUUCGAUGUGGAACUGCUCAAGCUUGAGUGACGCCUGGGCUGAAAUACGAAGGUUAAAGGUUACAGAGGCUGCGUUCGCCACAACCUGUUUCCACAGGGAGACCAUACCCGGCUGCUGCCUCCAACCAUCCACCUGCUCUCCUUCUCUUUGAUUUCUACAGUCUUCUUCAGUUCAAUAUUUAAACGUAUCUACUGCUGCUUUGUUGCAAUACUGUAAUAAUAGAUACUGCAAGACAAUUUUCACAUCAUGUGAGACUCUUUCCACACAUGCACCACAUUUUGGUUUCUGUUCAAUAAAAAAAAAAUAUAUACUGCCUUACAGGUUCAGCAACAGAGGAAAGGUACAUGUUGAAAGUACAAUACUUCUGCUCUGUAUCUUAACUGGGCAUUAUACCACUGUCUGCAUUGCCACUUUGAGAAAAGGUUUGUCCUGCUGAAUGCUCUGAAUGAUGUUGCUAUGUUUAGUAUAUUUUAUAUCCCUCAUAAACAUUUAACUGCAAGUGUACCCGAUCCAAUCAACCCAAUCCAAUACUGUACAGAACUCUGUAAGAGCCAUUGCUACUAUGACCGUUUAUUGACCAACUCUUGAAUAAAAAUGGCAUGUACUGUGUUGAGAAA